AUGAGAUUCAUUAUUUCACUUUUAUUUGUUUUUACAUUAAUUUUUAAUUUAGCAUUUUCACAUAUUGGUAUUGAUGUUUCCUCAGGAACCAACGAAUCGGGAUUUGAAUGCUUCAAACAAAAAAAAUAUUCUCGUGCUAUUAUUAGAUGUUACGAAUCAAUUGGUUCAAUUGAUACAAAUUGUAAACCAUCAAUUGAAAAUGCAAAGAAAGCUGGUAUUGAAACCAUUGACGUUUAUUUAUUCCCAUGUUACGAUUGCGGUAAUCCAGAAAAUCAAGUUACAACAACUUCUCAUUAUUUGAAAGAUUAUUUAAAGGAUCUUGAUUUCCUUUGGUUAGAUAUUGAAGGUCCAGGUCAAUACUGGUCUGGUUCAUAUGACAAUAAUAAAAAAUUCAUCCAAGGACUCUUAGAUAGUGCAAAAACUGCUGGUUUUAAACAUGUUGGAAUUUACACAAGUGAAAGUCAAUGGCCAGGUAUUGUUGGAAGUUGGGAUGGUGGUAAAGAUUACCCAAUUUGGUAUGCAAAUUAUGAUGGAGCAGAAAAUUUUAAUGAUUUUAGUCCAUUUAACGGCUGGACUAAACCUCACAUGAAACAAUAUGCAGGUAAUAUUAAUGAAUGUGGUCUUGGUAUUGAUAAGAACUAUUGGGAAUAA